CGUCGAUCAUAGAUACACUUUGAUCUUCUCGCACUUGUCCGCUACAUCAUGGCCGACGGCUACGGAGCAGUGCAAAUGACGGACGAACGCGAUCCUUUCGUGUCACCAAUUCCACUCCAACUGGCGGCGACUAGAAGCCGAUCGUGGGGGCCGUUGGUUCUCGGUGCAGCGCUGGGCGUCGCUGGACUAAGUUACGCUGCGAUGAUACACAGUUCUCUGGCCGCUCAGCAAGAGAUUAUCGCCAGUAUGCAACAUCAAAUGGAGGCGAUGCAUUCCGCGGUGACGACGCAGAGUGCGACGACGACGUUCCACAAGGACAGCAAGUUCCCGUCCAAGUUUGCGGUCGACUACGUAACCCCGCUGAAGACACAGGACGAGCGCGGCACAUGUUGGUAUUUUGCUACUGUGGCUGUGCUGGAGAACAGCUACCGUCAACAGGGAAUCGCUCGAGGAUGGCUACAGGAAGACGAGUUCUUGGCAUUGUCCGAGCAGGCAUACGGCGCGGAGGUUCUUCGGCUGUGUGCUGGACCCCCAGGCUCGCCGCAACAGGUGGCGUGUCUGAUCCCUGGCAAUGAGAUCUGGAAGAACUCCACCGACGGAGGCGACGUCACGGAGUUGAUGUACCUGAUGAACGGGCUCAAAGACAACAUCUUCCCGGACUCCAUCUGCCCGUACAUCCCCGAUCCGGGUAACGACACCGUGUGUCCUGGUUUGACACCUGAAGCGCGCAAAACCAAUCCGUUGAGCAUCACGAUCAAGAAAAUGGACACUUACUUCGACCAAGUGUCUGUCAAACACGCUCUCGUCAAAGAUAAGCGGGCCAUGGCGAUUUCCACGGCCAUGCCGUACAUCACGCACUACUAUCCCUGUAUCGGCGAGUUUGCAGGACAAGAUAGUUGCAAUCCCGCCUCAACGGAAUGCACUGUGUGUCCACCAGAGUUAUCCAUGACGACGUGCUGCGUUCCGAUCGAAAUGGGAGAGAACUACAACAUGGACGGCGAAUUCAUCACCAGUCACGUGAUGACGCCAGAAGGUGGCCACGUUAUGACUCUGGUCGGCUACAAUGAUCUGUUCCGUACCAAGCAAGGAUAUACUGGAGGAUUCAUUCUCAAGAACUCGUGGUUUGAUGGCAUCCACCCUGCGCUCGGACCGAGACACGCUCGAGGCAGUCACAGUCUCAAGUACUGGAUGCAGGAGAUCACGGACUGGGAGGAGGCUAGCAUGUGUCCGAACAGCUACGACCCGGAGAAUUGGUAUCAGUGUGGCAACACGGCUGAGGUGAUCAAUGCGAGACGUCAUGGAGAUCCUGGAAUGAACAUCCCGUUGCCUAUCAAGCACUCGACCACCAUAAGUGGAGGUGUGGAGUCGUGUUUGUCUGAGGAGACGGAGCUGUACGCGAGAGUGAGUCUACAGCCGUUGCAUUUGCGCUGCACGGAUCCCAACUUCUGCGUCGUAAGUGAUGACUUCACGUACUUUGUGCGCAACUCGACACAGUGGGGAGACCGUAUGCUGCGCAUGUGUUUGUUUGAGUACAACACGGCUACACAGAACUCGACGGAGCUGUGUCUCCCUCCGAUGUUGGCGCAGAAGAUCGCUGCGUGA